UUAGAGGCUGGAUCAGUGAGCAAAAUGAAGCUUAUUUGGUGAACUGAUUUGAACUAUUGGCGCACAAGAAAUUUCAAUUGGUCAAGCUACCAUCUAUAACAGAAAGAAAGGGGCUGCUAGCUAUUGCUAUGAAGAUGAGCUUCUGAGCGUUCCUUUGCAUCCCUGUUGUUCUUGUCCAGAUUUAUUAUUGCUUGCCAGCAUGGCUGGGUCACAAACAACGGGUUUGUUUCUUUACAUAACCACCCAUUAAGACUUUGGAAUGUGACUGCGUGAAGGGCUGGCCCCAAAGUGACUACAGCUUCAGCACUUUAUCUAAGCCAAGAUUUGUGUGAUGUAUGAAGCAGUAUGCUAAGCCUACUUUAAGUAUCGUUACACAGAAUCACAGAUGGUGUACGAGGUCAAGAGUGGAUUUGAUGAAACUGGAAGGAGCUGAUUUUCUGUAGCCAAAAUUAAUAGUUCAUUUUAUCUGGACCUUUUUUAUUUUGAUAUGCCCUUUCCAAUUUGAAUCUAUAUACGCAUCCCAGCUUUGACAAUGAUGAUAAAGGACACUUCACUGCGCCAAGAUCCAGACCUCAGGAAAGAAUUGGCUUUGCUUGCCCGGGGAUGUGACCUUGUCUUUCCAUCAAGAUUCAAGAAGCGACUGAAGGCUUUCCAGCAAGUUCAGGUUCAAGCAAAGAAAGAGAACCUCCUGCCUCCAACACUGAGCGAGUGCAUUCCAAAGUUUUAUUUUCCUCAAGGAUGUCCCAAAAAAACUCUUAAUGUAGAUGCAGUAAUUGCCAGGAUAGAAAACGUGUUUACUCAGUUUGAGAAUGAAAAAGCUACCUUAGAAGACAUGGGCAAAAUCGCCAAAGUAUGUGAGUGCCCACUGUAUUGGAAAGCCCCAUUGUUUUGCGCUGCUGGUGGAGAAAGAACAGGAUAUAUAUCUGUCCAUAAGUUUGUUGCAACGUGGAGGAAGAUCUUGCAAAACUGCCAUGAUGAUGCUUCUAAAUUCCUACAUCUUCUGUCAAAACCUGGAUGUAACUACUUGGAGCAAGAGGACUUCAUUCCAUUGAUACAGGAUGUGGUGAAUACGCACCCUGGGUUAACGUUUCUUAGAGAAGCAACUGAAUUUCACACUCGAUAUGUCACCACAGUCAUACAGAGAAUAUUUUACACAGUAAACAGAUCAUGGACGGGACGUAUAACAUGUACAGAAAUUAGGAAAAGCAACCUUCUGCAGAAUCUAGCCUUAUUGGAAGAGGAAGAUGACAUUAAUCAGCUCACAGAAUUUUUCUCAUAUGAGCACUUUUAUGUGAUCUAUUGUAAGUUCUGGGAACUUGACACUGACCAUGACCUCUACAUUGAUCAGAAGGACCUGGCAAGACACAAUGAUGAUGCUAUAUCGAGUAGAAUGAUAGAAAGAAUUUUCUCUGGAGCAGUUACGAGGCACAGAAAUGCUACAAAAGAAAGAAAAAUUGGUUACGCAGACUUUGUGUGGUUUUUGAUUUCAGAAGAAGAUAAAAAGACAUCAACCAGUAUUGAGUACUGGUUCCGCUGUUUGGACCUUGAUGGAGAUGGAGUGCUUUCUAUGUAUGAGCUGAACUAUUUCUAUGAGGAGCAGUGCAAGAAGCUUGAAUGCAUGUCCAUUGAACCAUUGCCUUUUGAGGACUGCCUUUGUCAAUUGCUUGAUCUUGUUAAGCCAGAAUGUGAAGGAAAAAUCACUCUCCACGAUCUGAAGAAAUGCAAGAUGGCAAAUAUAUUUUUUGACACCCUUUUUAACAUCGACAAGUAUUUGGAGCAUGAGCAGAAGGAUCCUUUUUCUAUCCAGAGGCAGGAUGUGGAGAAUGAUGGACCAGAAAUGACUGACUGGGAGCGGUAUGCUGUAAAUGAGUAUGAAAAUCUGGUGGCCGAGGAAGCAGCCAAUGAAAACUGGAAUGAUGGUAGCAACCGCUACAUUGGUGACCCCGACGGUCCAAACGGCUUUGCCGACUCACCGUUUAGUCGGGCGAACCGGCUCGGCAGUCGGGUCGCGCAGCGUCGGAGCGACGAGGCCCAAGAUGGCGGCAGGCCUCAUCUUUCCGAGCGACAGGGAGAACCCGCGCGCGGGAAAAUGGUUGGCACCAAUGACCAGGUUGUGCACAUGUUGGUAUUUGGAUUCCCUAACUCUUCCUUUUUGGAUAAAAGCAAAGGUUCUGCUUCAAAAGACUCUGAACUAUCUGACUACUAA